CCUAACACAUAAAAAUCACAAACCAAACCAAAAAACAAACAAAAAUAAACACAAAAAAACCCAAAAACAAAGACAAAAUUAAUUGCAGGACGAAAGAGCUGGAAGACAGCAGGCUCUUAUCGCUGCAGAUGGAUGCGAUAUCAGGCAACUCCGUGCUGUGGAAUGCCUCCACUGAUGGCAGCAAGGAGGAAAGAGCCUUUAAAACCACUGUAGGCCUUGCCUGAAGGCUCACAGCUCUCCUGUACUUCUUCCAGGCUUGGGAGAACACUUCCUCCUAACUAUUAAGCUCUGGAGAUGGGGAGCGAGAGGCCGGAUUUUGCGGCUGCGGGGCGCUCCAGCGCUCCAGGCCGCUUCAGGAGCCCUCGCAAGGCGGGCCGGGAGCAGGACUACAUCUCCCGUCAGCCCGCCGCCCGCCGCCAUCUCGGCACCGACCGCCGGGCCGGGCCGGCGGCCCCGCUUUCCCCGCUCCCCGCCGCGUUCCUCGGGCCCCGCCGCAUUCCCCGCUCGCUGCCAUGAGCUGGGACGGCGCCGGCGAGGAAGUCCGGCUCCUCCUGGACCUAUGCCUUCAGUGUUUGACAAAGAACCUUUCCAGAUACUCUGCAGAUAUUAAGUCAUUGCCACCCAAUAUAAAGGAUAAACUGAUCAAAUUAAUGAGUAGGCAAGGGCAAAUAACUGAUGCAAAUAUCAGUGAGGUAUUGCACCCUGCUGUGGAGUCUCUGGACCUCCGAGACUGUGAUAUUUCAGAUAAUGCAUUAUUGCAGCUUUAUAACUGCAAGCAGCUGAAAAAAAUCAACUUAAAUUCUUGCAAGGAGAGCAGAUUUGGAAUUACUUCAGAAGGAGUCACAGCACUGGCCUUAUCCUGUCCCUACCUGCGUGAAGCAUCUUUCAAAAGGUGCUGUGAUAUAACUGACAGUGGAGUUCUGGCUCUUGCACUCAACUGCCAAUUCCUACAAAUAGUGAACUUGGGCAGCUGCUCAGGCAUCAUGGAUGCAUCUCUGCAGGCACUCGGAGAAAACUGCAAAUUUCUUCACAGCGUGGACUUCUCAUCUACUCAGGUAACAGAUGAUGGCGUUGUAGCACUAGUGAGUGGAACAUGUUCAAAGAAUUUAAAGGAGAUCCACAUGGAGCGCUGUGUGAAUCUGACGGACAUCGCUGUGGAAGCCGUCCUUACUUGUUGUCCCAAGAUACACAUUUUUCUAUUCCAUGGAUGCCCACUGAUAACAGAUCGGUCCCGAGAUGCUUUAGAGCAGCUCAUCAUAUCAAACAAAAUCAAGCAGCUAACGUGGACUGUUUACUGAUUAUUUAUCCAGUACAUGUGAGUGUCAAGUUUACAGGUGGAGAGCUCCUUCAGUAAACAAGCACCUUGGAGAACUAGCUGGUGACUUUGGUUCCACCAGGUUGCAUCCCUCCUGCUUCCCACUGGAGGUCUCCAUUGCCAUUCCAGUCCUUGCCUGUGAGCCAAGGCUUCCUCAUUGUCUUUCCUUGGAGCCCUGUCUGUCUUUGCAUUGAUCACACUUCAUUGAGAGGAAAGUUAAACUAUAAUUAAUAUUACAGGGCCGUUGCUCAGGCUUCCUGAAGUGCUGGAUUUGGCUGCUAUUUAGUAUCCUUUAGCAAUUUAGCCACAAACCCAGUUUAGGCAAGUGUGUGUUCUGAGUUUGUAUUCUGGGGUGGUACUUAAAAUUAAAAGUACCCAGCUCAAAUGUAAUAUUGACACACAGCAGUGUCUGUGAAGUUGGGAGUUGAAUCUAACAAAAAUCAACAGCCAGAACUGGUGAAUGGAGGUGACAUUAACAGUGAUACAAAUGUCCUUUCAGUAGUAACAAAGAAUCUCCUUUCACCAUGUACUUUUGCUAGGUCUGGAGUAAAAAACUUAGGUACCUUUCUUCUGAUGUUACUGAUGCUGCAGGUUUCUCUUCUUCCUUAUCAUCAAAUACUUGCUGGAUUUUUACACACCCAAAAGUACAGCCUGUGAAUGUGUAAACAUAAACUUGCUUUGGAAUUGCUAUGGUGACUUUACAAAUUUCAGAGUAGUAGCCGUGACCAAGAAUAGGAUUUUAUAUAUGGGCAAAUAUUUAAUUUGCCCUGGCUUUUGCCUGGGUUUCUACAUGAAAAUCCUUUUAGGGAACAAAACACUGGUACUCAUAAGUGUAUCUGUGAGUGAAAUAGGACCAAAUGUAGCGUCUGAGCACAUAAAUCUCAGGAUGGUAGAGUGUGUUCUGCUGUAUGCAGUUCAGUACAUAUCCAGUGGUCCCCGGAAGCUGAAAAUAUCAAUAAAUUUAUUGUUCAGUUAUAGUAAUAUUAAAAAUAAUUUUUGAACUGUAGAGUGAGUUUAUUACAUGAUGAAGCAGUGCUCUCAUCACAAUUAUAAGUCAUGUUCCUUGGCUUUCUUGAACCAGCAUAACCUCUAGUCAGAGUUCUAUGAUUUCUGCAUUAAGCUCCUUAAUGCCAGUCAUUUUAGCUUUAUAAGGGCGUGGAGCCCACUGGGUUCUUCCUCUGGAUCUGGAAGUAGAAGGGUUUAGCUAUGGUGGUCUAACAUGGAUUUGAUGACAUCUGGAAACCUAAAGAGUUUAGGCAACCAUAAGGAAUAUGUUUACUUUACCAUUUAACUGUUGUCAUAGCCACACCUAAGCAUUGCAGAAAUAAACCAGUCUUAUAUUAAUCUAUUUAAAGUUCAGGUCUAAUUGCAUGGAAGGUCAUUUUUGUUGCCAAUAUUAAAUUAUAUUAUGAUGUCCAACAAUAAUUUUUAUUCUUCUGUUGAUUAUAUGGUUUAUGGAAGUGCAAGACUAUUUAGAAAAGUUGUUCAGGUGUCAGUGAAAGUUUAUUUUUCCAAGACCAUCACCUAAAUCCCUUACUCUUGUUUCAUGGCUCAGCCCAGUGAUGAAUAUUUUCCUGUAAUCCCUGUGGGUGUAACUGCACCAGUACAAACCGUUGGUGCAAGGAGUUGAUUUUGCUACAGUAGCCACAAGCAUCUGACAGCUGUCACUGCAGCAAAUCCUUGCACCAGAUAGAGGCCUAAUAACCUAAUCUACCAGGUUUUAUUUCCUUUUUUUUUUUAUUUGCUGAGGAGUAGUUUAUUUUUAUGCCCUGUGGAAUCCCUGGGAUCAGUCAGGUCCCAUCAUUCCUUUGAACUCUGGGACAAUAAAUCUGUGUUGCACUGUUUUUGAUAUUGAAUCAUACAGCUCUUUAGGCAGCUCUGUGAAACAAUGCUACUGCUAACCUCAUGGCAGAGUUGUCCUUUUUCUCCUUGCUAAUAUAGCCUUGGAUUUGUCAUGUUGAAGGCAAAUGCAGCUUGUACUGUGUCCUUAAGUGUGCCUGUAGAUUUACCAUCUUCCCCUACAGCCUCUUCUCUAUGUGUAAUUUAGUGGUACAUCCUCACGUGGUGCUUAAAAAGCUGUGCAACACUGCAACAAGGUAACACUUUAAUUUUAGGUUUGAAAGUUUAAUGUAAGUUAAAUUUAAAUCCUUCACCGUUAGAGCUUGAGUCUGCCCUUAUGUUUUUAGUAUUUGCAUAACUCUACUGGAAUGUUUUUUGGUUCACAGUAAUUUUCAACAAAUGUUUACAGGCACUGGGUGAAGUGGGAGAAGAACCUCAUGGAUGUGCUUGCCACUUCAUAUUCUCUAUUGUUUGGACAUUGUUAUUGUUGUGAGCCUUGCAGAAUAUUCACAUACUGUUACGAAGAUUAAAGUUUGGAAGUUGGCUGUUUGGAGAGUUCUGAAAA